AUGAUAACACGUCAGUUUAACAACGAUAUAUCCCAAGAAGCCUCCAUUCUCGGUCGAUCUUCCUACAAUGCCACAGAUCCAGCCGUAUGGAUCACACUGAUCUCCGAGUCCGAAGCCCGAACUCGCGCACAAGCUUUGAUCACACAGUACCAAUCACUCCCUCCCUCCAAGCUUCCACAACUCUACGGCAUACCCUUCUCUGUCAAAGAUUCAAUCGACAUCUCCAACCUCCCAACGACCCCUCGCAUUACCACCGCGUUCGCAAUCAACCGCCUUCUCACCGCCGGGGCCAUUCUCAUUGGCAAAACGAACCUAGACCAAUUCGCUACAGGCACAACAGGUCUGCGCUCACCACACGGCAUUCCUCGCUGCGUGUACGACCCCACGUACAUAUGCGGUGGCAGCUCGUCGGGCUCCGCCGUCAGCGUGGCGGCCAACCUUGUCAGUUUCGCUAUAUCCACCGACACGGGUGGAUCAACACGUGUUCCCGCGUCCCUCAACGGGCUCGUCGGGCUGAAACCAACACUCGGUACGGUGAGUACGACAGGCCUGUUCCCUGCGUGCAAUAACAUUGACUGCGUGUGCGUCAUGAGCAAAACCAUAGACGAUGCAGAGACGGUGUACGAGGCCAUCCGGGCCUUCGAUGAGACCGAUAUCUUCUCACGGCGCGACCUUCCCACUUGGGACCAUCCAUGGCGUGAUCCCGUGCGCUUUGCAAUCCCGCCCAACGAGCAGCUGGCGCAUCUAUCCCCUGCGUACGCGGCGCUUUUUGGACAGUUUGUCACCGGACUAAACAGUGAUUCGGCGAGUUGGUGCGUACAAACCGAACAGGAUAAGUUUGACUACACGCCGUUCGCCCAUGCGACGCAAAUACUAUAUGAUUCCUCGAUCGUCGCGCAGCGCUUACUCGCGUUCCAGCCAAACAUCUCGACUCACGGCCUCGACGCGUUACACCCGGCCAUACGUGCGACGUUCCAGGAGGCUUUGGAUCGAAAAUUCACCGCCACGCUGGCGUACGAGGAUAUUUUCCAGCUCGCCCAGUGCAAGAGGCAAUCCGAGAGGGCCUUCCGCGAGGAUAUGGACGUGUUGAUCGUGCCGAGUACGCCGGCACAUUUUACGAUUGCAGAGGUCCAGGAGGAGCCGAUGGUGCGGAAUAAGGCGAUGGGACGAUUUACAAAUUUUGUGAACUUGCUGGAUCUGGCGGCGGUCAGUGUGCCUGUCGGAUGGUGGACGGGGGAGAAUGGGAAUGAGUUGUCCUUUGGUGUGACGAUAAUUGGGCAGGCUGGACGGGAUACAGAGUUGACGGAGCUGGCGAGACGGGUGAUGGGAAUGGAGAAGGUCAGAGUCUGA